AUGAAUAAUAAUAAUAAUAAUAAUAAUAAUAAUAAUAAUAAUAAUAAUAAUAAUAAUAAUAACAAUAAUAACAAUAAUAGUUAUGAUAGUAAUCAUUCAUCAUCAUCAUAUACAAGCGAAAAUCAAAAUAGAGAACAACAAUUUGUUUUCAUUCCAGAAGAAGAAUUAGAAAGACAAUCUCUUUUAAAGAAAAAAGAUAACUUAUCAUAUAGUAUAAAUAAAGAUGAAAUUAUAAUAAUAAAUAACGAAGACGAAAAUGAUCAAAAUCAAACUAAAGAUAGUACAAAUCCAAUAGUGUUAAGAGCAAAAAAAGUUGUGGAUAGUUUUUUUUGUAAAAUCAUUUUAGUAUUUAUAUGUUUGGUAAGUUAA